GGGUCGAGCGCGCGUCCCCUCCCCGCCCCCACCGCGCGUUGUGGCGCAGCAGGAAUUUGGCGGGGACCCGGGCGCUAUUUGCGGCUCCUGACGCGCCGGCGGCCGGCGGCCCUUGGGUCAUUUCUAUUCUAGGGGCGCCGGGUCAGCGCGCCCGGCCGGCCCCCUCCGCCGGGCCCGGAGGGUGUGUCCCCCUCAGCCCGGCUCGCCGCGCCUAUAAGGGGCCCGAGCAGCGGGCAGGGACAUGCAGCUCUACAGCAGCGUCUGCACCCACUACCCAGCCGGGGCACCGGGUCCCACGGCCGCAGCCUCCGCCGCCCCCGCCGCCGCCGCCGCCGCCGCCGCCGCCCCCUUCAAGGUCUCCCUCCAGCCUCCCGGAGCCGCCAGCGGCGAGCCGGAGCCCGAGACCGGUGAGUGCCAGCCUGCCGCGGCCGCCGAGCCCCGAGAAGCCGCCGCCGCCGCCGCCGCCGCCCCCGCCGCCAAGAUGCCCGCCUUCUCCUCCUGCUUCGAGGUGGUGCCCGGGGCCGCCGCCCCCGCCUCGGCCGCCGCCGGCCCGCCCGCCGGGUCGUGCAAGCCGCCGUUGCCGCCGCACUACACGUCCACGGCGCAGAUCACCGUGCGGGCCCUGGGCGCCGACCGGCUGCUGCUGCACGGGCCCGAGCCCGGCGCCCCGGCGCCCGCCGCCCCGCGCGGCCGCUGCCUCCUGCUGGCCCCGGCGCCCGGCGCCCCGCUCCCGCCGCGCCGCGGCUCCUCGGCCUGGCUGCUGGAGGAGCUGCUGAGGCCCGACUGCCCCGAGCCCGCGGGCCUCGACGCGGCCCGGGAGGGUCCCGACAGAAACUUCCGACUGAGCGAGCACCGCCAGGCCCUGGCCGCCGCCAAGCACCGAGGCCCCGCGCCGCCCCCGGGAAGCCCGGAGCCCGGCCCCGGCCCCGGCCCCGGCCCCGGCCCGUGGGGCGACGAGCACCCGGCGGACAGGAGCCUCCGGGGCUGGGAGAGGGCGGGCGAGCGCAGCGACCCUGCCGGCGCGGACGAGGCGCGGCGGCCCGACCCGGAGGCCCAGGCGGCCCCGGCGGCCCCGGCGCGGAGCUGCGAGGCGGCCCCGGGCGGCGCGGCGGAGGCGGUGGUGGUCUCCAGGUCGGAUCCCAGGGACGAGAAGCUGGCCCUGUACCUGGCGGAGGUGGAGAGGCAGGACAAGUACCUGCGGCAGAGGAGUAAGUACCGGUUCCACAUCAUUCCCGACGGCAACUGCCUCUACCGAGCGGUCAGCAAGACGGUGUACGGAGACCAGAGCCUGCACCGGGAGCUGAGGGAACAGACGGUGCAUUACAUCGCCGACCACCUCGACCACUUUAGCCCCCUGAUUGAGGGCGACGUGGGGGAGUUCAUCAUCGCUGCUGCUCAGGACGGGGCGUGGGCCGGGUACCCGGAACUGCUGGCCAUGGGGCAGAUGCUGAAUGUGAACAUACAUCUAACGACUGGAGGGAGGUUGGAGAGCCCCACGGUGUCCACCAUGAUUCACUACUUGGGCCCAGAGGAUUCCCUACGGCCUAGCAUUUGGCUCAGUUGGCUCAGUAAUGGACAUUAUGAUGCCGUGUUUGAUCACUCCUAUCCUAACCCCGAGUAUGACAAUUGGUGCAGACAGACUCAAGUGCAACGGAAACGCGACGAAGAACUUGCCAAGUCCAUGGCCAUAUCCCUAUCCAAAAUGUAUAUCGAACAAAAUGCAUGCUCUUGAAGUGUCUGAAAACCUACACCCUGGGAGAAUUGCAUACAUAGUUUGUGUUGGGAGAAUUACGAACUCUAAUCAGGGAUGAUGCCAUGCAGUAGGUAAUACGUUGUUACCUAUAAGUGAGGAAGAGGAGAGGUGGGUCCCUGGCAACCAUUUGGCCUUACGAAGGUCACUGUGGUAGGAGCUGCAGAGGGAAGAGGAGAGUUUGAUAAAAAGAUAAUGAGAUCUGCUUUGAUGCAUUUUUCCUGAAAAUGUUGAUGAGAAAUGAAGAUGAAGAUGCACACACCAAAUGUUGCACCACUUAUUUUGGUGACUUUUAAAGAAUGGCAAUGGGAAGACAGAUGACCCAUGAGACCUUUUGAAGGAGAAUUUGGCGUUUGGACCAAGAAUGUUUGAAACGAUUAGAUUUGAAAAGAGCAGAGCUUCUACCCUAUAGUUGCAAAUUUCU